AUGGCUCAGAUUGAUCAUUUGAAACGGUGUCGUUUCAACUAUGCAGGGGCUGAACUGGAUCGUUCGAUCCAGUUUGAUCAACGACUCAGAGUUGAGACGCCAAUACGGCGUCUUAGUAGGAAAUUUCGUUUGGAUUUAAUUGUUUCACAGGCAUGUUAUUUUGGUAAUGUCACUAAGUUAAAUGAUACUUGGUGCAUUUUUCAGGGCGACGUCAUUGUUAGUUUUGAUGGUGUUCAUGUUGGGUCUGAAGGAACAGUGCCGUUUCGAUCAAGUGAACGUAUAGCUUUUCGCUAUCUCAUUAGUCAAAAAUUCAGUGGUGAUUCAGUUGAGCUUGGUAUUAUAAGAGCUGGAGAAUUCAUGAAAGUUCAAGCAGUUCUGAAGCCGCGUGUGCAUUUGGUUCCUUAUCAUAUAGAAGGUGGUCAACCUUCAUACAUAAUAGUUGCAGGCUUGGUCUUUACACCACUAUCCGAACCACUAAUAGAGGAAGAAGAAGAUAGCAUUGGGCUGAAACUAUUGACCAAGGCUCGAUACUCUUUGGCCAAGUUCGAAGGGCAACAGAUUGUUGUACUAUCCCAGGUCUUGGCGAAUGAAGUAAAUAUUGGGUAUGAGGAUAUGAGCAAUGAGCAGGUCUUGAAGUUGAAUGGCACCCGAAUUAAAAACAUUCACCAUUUGGCUCAUCUAGUGGAUUCUUGCAAAGGCAAAUAUUUAGUGUUUGAAUUUGAAGACAAUUUUUUGGUCGUUCUGGAAAGGGAGGCAGCCCUAGACGCCUCAGCUAGUAUUCUCAAAGACUAUGGCAUUCCAGCUGAAAGAUCAUCUGAUCUUAUGGGAGCAUAUGUUGAUUCCAUAGAGCAAAGUGAAGCAACCAAUCAACAGAACUUUGGUGAUAGUCCAGUUUCUAACAUGGAAUUUGGCUCUGAAGGGCUUCUUUGGGCUUGAUCACAUAGUCUAUGAAGCCUGAUCCUGAUUCUCACUUGAAGCCAAGCCAUUCUUUUAAAGUUUUCAUGCCUAAGAUGGUUAUUUUGACAGUUAAAGAUCUCUGUCACAUUUGGUUACUUGAGGGGAAAGAAAUCAGCUGACCAGGCAAUCUGCAUUGAGACUCUACACACGAGUGCUUUUCUUGGCUGCCUUCUGGAUUUGUAGCAAGAUUGCCAGCAAAGUGAAUAAUCAAUUAUGUAGCAAAUGAUACAAUUGAUGGAUGCAAAAGAAUUGUCCAGUUAGGAAAUCAAGGUGCUGGUGGCUAUUGCCUUUGAAUGAAAUGGAAGUGCAUGGGCAUUGCACAUUUAGUAUGCAUCAUUUCUAAUGUUUAUUUUUUCAGGUAUAGGCUGUGACAUCUCUUUUUAGGAAAUUUUGAGAGUUGAUGUGAUUUGAGGUUUUCUAACCAUUCACAUUAUAUUCAAUGUAUGUAGCAAUUAAUAAAGGAGCUUCCAAUUUAAUUUAGUACUUCUGUUUUUUC